UUCCGAGAUCUAGAUAGAUCAUUUGAUUAACCUUGGCAUAUUACAAUCCUGGAUCACCCAGAAUUUUCAAGCGCUUGUGAAGCUGUGCGGCCUGAACUAGUUAGUUGUGUUGUAGCUUGUGAUUGUGAUAUUAAGAAACUGGAACCGCCAGUGAGCCUCAGGACUUGAGAGAAAUUAUGGUUAAUUAUGCCUAAUUGUUGUCCGGAUGCAGGAGGUGAUGUAUGGAGCACGUGAAAAGGCCGGUCUGAAACGGCAAAGCUCCAUCGGAAGUUCCACGAACGGGCCCAGCGAUUUGCAGUAGGAACUGAUGGAGAUCCCGUCCGAGCCCACCACUACAUACAUCGCUUCCAGCUUUGCUGCUCGGCUUGUCAAAAUCUUGUCAGGUGAGACGCUUCAGCAUGCUCAUCCACAGGCGGAGGUUUGAGAUGCAGACAUCGAUCGAGCGAUAAACGUGGCUUGGCCCAAGGAGAUUUCCCUUCAUCCAUUAUCGUAAGCCACCUUCUUUUAUUGAAGUGCAACAUCUGGGUGUCAACGUAGAACUUGGAAGCCGGAGAAGAAUCUCGGAGAAGUAGAAAAGUAGAAAAGUUUGGAAAAGGAAGAUUCUUUGAGAAUUGACAGUUACCCGUAUCGUACGUACUGUAGUUUCUCAAGCUGACGCAAGUGUUAUUAUUUGUCUAGAGUUUAAUCAAAGUCCACAUACUUUGCGUACGCAUCAUCGUGCUGUUAGCACAACCAACAACCACUACGAAGCACUACGGAGUAAGUCGUCCAUUUUUCUUUGGAUCCGAAACAGUGGGGAGGAUUUAGAUCUUUGUCUAUGGAGCACAGGGGUAUUAAUCGGCGAUCCCAGUGGCCCUGUCAUCCACGAAUGAUGCUUGUGCGUCGCCGUAAGCUUUUAGAAAGUCGAAUGGAAAGUGUGAAGAGAUGUGCGACGAUGUGCAUGAUCAGGGGUUCUUUGUGUAUCAUGAAGACUCAACGAGGAAAUCUGCUCCGUUAAGAACGAAAGCAUGCAAAUCUUAUAAGGAGUACAGUGCGCAUAUCGGAAAUGUCUUAGCUAAAAAGUCAAAACACUACUAAAAUUGAUAUCCUGGCAAAUAUGUCAUAAAAAAAAGCCGUUGAGUUUUCAGCAAGGCCUAUCCAUGAAUCUCACGUGGCGAUGAUGAACCUCCAUAUCAACCUUUUCCUUGUCUCAAUGUGGGAAGCUUGAGAGACAUAAAUUUGGACCUGAUGCCGAUGGGCCAGAAAUCCAAACUAAGAUUGUUCGAAUCUUGGAUCAUUCCGAUGAGAUCAGCUCGUGUUCGGGGGAAAGUGUCACCAGGAAGUGAUCAACACCAAGUCUGUCAAAAUCCCUGGCAAUAGUAAUCCCCAUAUAAUUUUGAUCUUCAGCAGUAGUGGAUGGAAAGUUGGUAGACACGAUCUCUUGUUCCUUUUAGUGGUUUGUC